AUGAACGACGCCGUUGUCGGUACGCUUGGUGCCGGCAGCAUCCUUACCGGAGACUCGCCAGAAGAUUCCCCAAUGAGCCCGACGGGCACGGGCGGCAGUGGCAGCGAGAGCAGCAACUCACCGAGCGCACCCUCAUCGAUUUCCUCCUCCACCAGCGGUUCGUCCGCGUCCACCUGUGAGGCAUCGUCACCACCGGCCGUCACCGCACAACCGGCACAGGUGCUCUACAUGCCCGUCGGGCUGGCCAACAUCAAGGAGGAACUGCCGGAACCGGAAAUACAGGCUGAUUCAGAACUAUCCCUGGAGGAAGGUCACGCAUUGGUUCAGGUGCUUGAAGACACGCCGAACGAUGAGGCACCUCCACCCGAACCGGAGGUGGAAAUACGUGCCGGCAAGGCGGACAAAUCCUUCCGCAAGCUCACCUCCGAUGGCUAUUCCGCAAAGUCGGCCGUCGUGCGUCUGCAGAUGGGCAAGGUUACCUAUCAGCUAACGGACCAGAUGCUCAAAUCCGGUGCCCUUGCCGCGAUGCAUAACCCACUCCUCCUGACCAAGGAUCAACUCGAACGCAUGAUUGCCGAGAAAGAUCCCGAGCUGGAGUACCGGAAGCACCACAACAACAACAGCACCUGGCAGCGCUAUAUGCCGAUGUACUAUAAAGGCAUAAAGCAAAACUAUGUGCGAUGUCUAGAAUGUGGCUGGCUAGUACUGCAUAAGGCCAGUACCGGUACGGGUAGCUUACUCCGGCACCGCUGCAAAAUAAAAGUGGCUGGUGUGGAGGUGAAGCUCGAACCGAAGGUAUCCAGUAGCUGGAAUACUUCCCAGGGUAAACCGGCUCCGAUGGCUAAAUCGGCGGCAGCUAUAGUGGGUAAGGUCCAGCCGCCCCCAACGCCACCGUCAACGACGUCGGUAUCGACUCCACCUCAAAUGGUCAAGUACGGCGGUGGCGCGACCCUGCCACAGAGCGUAAAGGACGAGCUGGUCCGGCAGCAGGCAUGCGUACUGUACAAAGACAUCGUUAGUGCGGAUCUGUUCGAUCAGCCAAGCUUUCGGGCGCUCGCACAGAUGCUGGUCAACAUCGGUGCAUUUUACGGCCAGCAGUCGGAAGGAUUGCUGGCUUCACGUGACGCACUGCUCGAAACCGUACUGCCCGCCAUGUACCACGAGGCCAAGGGUCAACUCAACAAGGUGCUGUCCGACUGCGAUCUCACGUUCAGCUUCAGUCUGUUUCGGCACGAGCAUGAGCGCCGUAGUUACGUAGCCAUCAACGCCUAUACAGUCGCAUCGGACUAUUACUUCCGACCACUGCACGUGAAGACACUCGAUGUGACCGGACAGGAGGUUGCGUAUGUUGAACACCUGCAGCGUAUUAUCGAGGACAGUCUGGCACGGUCCUUUUCCGAUCCGAUAAAGCUAGUGUACGGUGGACCGCUGGAAGCGGAAGAUUGUACCGAAACGGAGAAACACCUGCGCAAUCAGCGCGAACAGUACGAACUGAUACCGUGUGCAGUGACGAUGCUGUGGAGCAUCAUGAAGCGUGUGCUGGAGAUGUUCCAGUGCGAUAGCGGCCGUUACCUGGAGCGUUUCAUGCUAAGCUCAUCGAACGAGGACGAGGAUGAGACUGUGCCACCAGAGCUUGCCGUACUUCAGCGCUUUCUCGAGCCAUUCCGGGAACCGAUCCGAGGUCUCGUCUCCGACACAGGGGUCACCAUCAGUGAGGUUGUGCUGUGGCGCAAAAAACUCGAGCUUAGCUUCCGUUCCGAGCCAGAAGAUGAGGAGGAGGUGCGGUUGCUGAAGGAAACAUUGCUGGGACAGCUGCGAGCACACUUCCCCCUGCACGACUACCACCGGAUAGCGGUAUUUCUGGACCCAAAGUUCAAGGGUCUUCGCUUUCUGGCCGACGACGAGCGUGACGAAACGUUGGCCAAGGUAAAGCAACACCUGCACGCCGACCUCGAAGGUAUUGAUCGGGUCAAGCGGGGCCAGUACGGUUCGCACGGAGUCCGCAAGCGGCGCAGUUCACUUCCACCGUCCGAGUUGCGGUUCUACGAGUUUAUGGACGCAUCGCUGAAGCUCGAAUGCGACGAUGUGGUGGACGACGAGAUACAGCAGUACGUGGACGUGAAGCUGGAGAGUGCGGUCGACAUAAUGUCGUACUGGCGAAAUGAGACGGCGUUCCCGCUGUUGAAGCGCCUGUGCCGGCGUAUACUAAACAUUCCUGCGGCCUGUGAUGAGAUGAGGCAGCUGUUCGGUCAGACCGGACAGCGUGACCUGCAGAAGCGGCGGCUUGCGUUAAGCGAUCGCGAGCUGGAUAUGGUGAUGUAUCUCCAUCAGAAUGUGAGCAGUCCUUGA